CCCCGAAGACCCCCACCACCACCAGGAGAGGGUGGUCUGCUGCACUCACGCCCCUCCCGGGACGAGCCGAGGGGGGAGGGGGCGCGACCUCUUCCCACCCGGGGAGCCGGGGUGCGGGCCACCCGCGAUGCGCAGGGGAUUGCUGGGGGGGGGUGUGUUAUAGACCAGAGCACAGUAUUUCCCUUUCUUUACUUUUUUUUUUUUUUUUCCUUAAAGGUUUUCGCUUUUUCUUCCCGAGAGCCCCGCCGCCCGCCGCUUUCAACCCUAACCUUUCGGGGCCUGACCUCCAGCCAUCUUUGAUUUCCGACUUCCUAAAAAUAAACGCGGCGAGCCGGAGGGGUGCGGGCUCCCGGGGGGCGGAGGUCGCGGCGCCGCAGCCCCGCGGGGUGCACUGGCCUGACGUGCCGCGUGACUUUCCCCCCUAAACUCCCGGGUUCCCAAAACCGCCUGCGGGGCGAGAGGUCGGGCCCGGGGAGCUCCCCGAUGACCCGGCCCACGCGCCUCGCGGGUCGGCAGGAGUUCGGGACCCCAGCCCGCCUGGGAGCGGCGGUCAAACUCCCCUCCGCCUAAUCACUCAGCCCAGGAGGAUUUUAGGAGCGAGUCGAUUGCCCACUUAUCUCCCCUCCGUCGUAGCCCGCCAAAUUGUCGCCUGAUUAAGUUUUCCUCCGCUUAGGGGGAGGGGGCAUUAUUUAUUUAUUUUUUUAAUUUACCGGGGCUCCCUUCUCCGCUCCUGCUUUUUAAAAUUUCUCAGCCGCUGGCAAAGGGUGUGUGCAGGGACUCGACUCCAAUGGGAAGGUCACUACUUUUUGGUUAUUUUGUCGUCCCCGGUGUUUUUCUUUUCUUUUCUUUUUUUUCCCCCCCUUCCCUCUCCAGGGGUGGGAAUGGAAUAAUACAUUUCCCCAAUUUUUAAUAGGUUUAUGACCUCCUCCGUUUCUCGUCAACGUUUUUCCAGGACCAAUUGAGCAGGUGCUUCUUUGAACCACCCAGGAAGCAGUGACGACAUGAAUGGGGAUGGUGCAGUGGUGAAACGGCCCCGCAGGGAGGAUACUCACAUCUGUGACAAGUGCUGUGCAGAGUUCUUCAGCUUCUCUGAGUUCUUAGAGCAUAAGAAAAAUUGCACUAAAACUCCACCUGUCCUCAUUAUGAAUGACAGUGAAGGGCCAGUGCCUUCAGAAGACUUCCCAGGAACUAUGCUGAGCCACCAGCCACUAAGUCCCGGCAACAAGGAUGGUCACAAGGAGGAGGACAGCAGCAGCUCAGGGGACAGAAAGGAGAAGCCAAGCACAGAGCCUGUCAUGUACUUAAAGACAGAGCCCAGCCUGCCACCCACACCCCAGAACAUAAGUUAUCUACCCAAAGGCAAAGUAGCCAACACUAAUGUCACUCUCCAAGCCCUACGAGGCACCAAGGCAACAGUAAACCAGCUCGCCCCCUUGCCUGGUGCCAACAACUUCUUGUGGGUCUUGGAGCAGCUCCUGUGUCUGCAGCAGCAGCAGCUUCACCAGCUCCAGCUCACUGAGCAGAUCCGCAACUACAUGAACAUGUGGGCCUCAGACGACCUCCAUUCUGGCGAGUCUGGUGCUGAUGCCCUCAAGACCUUAGGCGGCCACAUGUCCCAGCAGGUGUCUGCGGCCGUGGCUUUGCUCAACCAGAAAGCUGGAGGCCAAGGUCUGUCUCUGGAUGCCUUGAAGCAAGCCAAGCUACCUCAUGCCAACCUCCCUUCCACCACCAGUUCUGGGUCCUCUGGGAUGACGUCCUUUGCUGUGAAACCAGAUGGGACCAGGGUGCUCCCCAAUGUCAUGUCUCGCCUCCCUGGUACUUUGCUACCUCAGACCCCAGGCUCUGUGCUCUUCCAGAACCCGUUCUCCACUGUGGCCUUAGAUCCAUCCAAGAAGGGGAAAGGAAAGCCCCCGAACAUCUCCCCGGUGGAGGUCAAACCCAAAGAUGAGGCCGUUCUCUACAAGCACAAGUGUAAGUACUGUAGCAAGGUUUUUGGAACUGAUAGCUCCUUGCAGAUCCACCUCCGCUCCCACACUGGAGAGAGACCUUUCGUGUGCUCUGUCUGUGGCCACCGUUUCACCACCAAGGGCAAUCUCAAGGUUCACUUUCAUCGACACCCCCAGGUGAAGGCAAACCCCCAGCUGUUUGCCGAGUUCCAGGACAAGAUGGCAGCAGGCAAUGGCACUCCCUAUGCACUGUCUGUUCCUGUCCCUCUAGACGAAUCUAGUUUCUCUUUAGAUAGCAAGCCUGUCCUUGUACCUGGGACACCCGCACCCCACCUAGGGCUACCUCAGAAUCUCUCCUCAGGGACUACCCCCAAGGACCUCCUGGGUGGCCCCUUGCCCAGUGACCUACAGCCUAGGCCUUCCCCCGAAAGGGAGGAUGGAGUUACUCUUCCUGGGGUGGGGCCCAGCCUUAACUCCCCAAGGGUUUGUAGCUUCCAAGGGAGUGGGACACCCGAGCCAGGGUCAGAGACCCUGAAAUUGCAGCAACUGGUAGAGAACAUAGACAAGACCCCCACUGACCCUAAUGAAUGUCUCAUUUGCCAUCGAGUGCUGAGCUGCCAGAGCUCCCUCAAAAUGCAUUAUCGAACCCACACCGGGGAGAGGCCAUUCCAGUGCAAGAUCUGUGGCCGGGCCUUCUCCACCAAAGGCAAUCUGAAGACACACCUUGGGGUUCACAGAACCAACACCUCUGUAAAAAUCCAGCACUCCUGCCCCAUCUGCCAGAAGAAGUUCACCAAUGCCGUCAUGUUGCAGCAGCAUAUUCGGAUGCACAUGGGCGGGCAGAUCCCCAACACACCCUUGCCAGAGAAUCCCUGUGACUUUUCAGGGGCAGAGCCAAUGAUGGUCAGUGAGAAUGGCAGCACAAGUGCCAUGUGUCAGGAUGACAUCGAGAGCAUCGAGAUUGAUGAGGUCUGCUCCCAGGGUGCCUCGAAGAUCUCCACUCCUCUUCCCAGUAUCCAUUCAGGGUCACCUACUCUGGGGUUCCCUGUGAUGGCAUCUCUGGAUGCCCCAGGGAAAGUGGGUCCUGCUCCUCUGGUCCUGCAGCGACAGAGCAGCAGAGAAAAUGGUUCGGUGGAGAGUGACGGUUUGACCAAUGACUCAUCAUCCUCAGUGAUGGGAGACCAGGAGUAUCAGAGCCGAAGUCCAGAUGCCUUCCAGGCCGUCUCCCCAGCCAAUAGCCAAGCAGAAAGUAUCAAGUCCAAGUCUCCUGAAGCGGGCAAAGCAGAAUGCUCCGAGAGCAGCCGCACUGAGAUGGAAGGUCGGAGCAGUCUCCCACCAGCCUUUAUACGAUCCCAGCCAACCUAUGUCAAAGUGGAAAUUCCCAGUGCAUUUGUUGGACCUGCAACCAUGUCCCCAGGUGUGACACCUCUGUUAGCCACCCAGCCACGCCCAAAGACCAAGCAGCAUGGCUGCACUCGAUGUGGGAAGAACUUCUCAUCUGCCAGUGCUCUUCAGAUUCAUGAGCGAACGCAUACUGGAGAGAAGCCCUUUGUCUGCAACAUUUGUGGGCGAGCUUUUACCACCAAAGGCAACCUGAAGGUCCACUACAUGACACAUGGUGCCAACAAUAGCUCUGCCCGACGUGGGAGGAAGCUGGCUAUUGAGAAUACCAUGGCUCUGAUUGGAACAGAUACAAAGAGGGUCCCUGAGAUGUUCCCCAAGGAAGCCUUGGCACCUUCAGUGAAUGUGGACCCCAUGGUGUGGAACCAGUAUACCACCAUGCUCAAUGGUGGUCUGGCCAUGAAGACCAAUGAGAUCUCUGUGAUCCAGAGUGGUGGCAUCCCAACUCUCCCAGUGUCCCUGGGGGCCAGCUCCAUGGUGAACAACACCACUAUCUCCAAGAUGGAUGGCUCCCAGUCAGCUCUCAGCACUGAUGUGGAAAAACCAGCUGCUGCUGAUGGCCUCCCAAAGUCCCAAUUCCCUCACUUCCUGGAAGAGAACAAGAUUGCAGUCAGCUAAACUAAAAGGAGAGCCCAGGUUGAAGGAAACAUGCAAUGUGACCUAGAACUGGAUAACUUUUUUUUUUUU